ACACGCUGUAAAUAUGUGCAAGUUAUCGACGUCCAAUCAAAAGGCGACUCGGCUUCCCGCUUGGCCAAUGGGAAGGCGCGGUGAGGUCAGCGUGGGCCGCAGGUGAAGUGGAUAGUAGCUCUGUGUAUUCACUCAUACUCGCACUCUGGCGACGUGGAUGCGCAUCCGCAAAAACUGGCUGUACGCGGGGCGCGAUGCGACCAAACUGUCGCCGCGGGGCUCAGUCUGCAUGUGAUCCGGAUCAGGACCGUUCAACUCCGUUCCGCUUUGAUGAGAAGUGACUUUGCUGCUUAUGAUGGCUGUGCGCGGUAACUCUCUGAUGCCGUUCAGCAUUCAAGCCAUUCUGAACCGAACCGAAGAGUCUCGCCAUCUGAAGGAUCUGGACGUGUGCUUCUCCAAAACUGCGUGCUGGAAAAUCUUCGACGAGAUGGACGGAGCUGAGCGAAGUGACGCGCGAGACCAGCAGAAUUAUGAUUCAGACUCCGGACUGAGUGACGAUAACGACACCAAAGCGCAACGCGACACGAAGAGCGAGAAAGACGCAGAUUUAGCGGACGAAACGGAUCACGAGUCCACGGCGGCGGAUCACGCCAAAGGCCUGAGCGACUGCGUGUCCGACUCCAACACGACGGAGGAGAAAAGCGGCGAUCAGCCCAAGCAGCGGAAGAAACGCUCCCGUGCUGCCUUCUCGCACGCGCAGGUGUUCGAGCUCGAGCGGCGCUUCAAUCAUCAGCGGUACUUAUCCGGACCGGAGCGCGCGGACCUCGCGGCCUCCCUCAAACUCACCGAGACGCAGGUCAAGAUCUGGUUCCAGAACCGACGCUACAAAACCAAACGGCGUCAGAUGGCGGCGGAUCUGCUGGCCUCGGCCCCGGCGGCGAAGAAAGUGGCCGUGAAAGUUCUGGUGCGUGACGACCGGAGGCAGUACAGUCCCGGAGAACUGCUGCGACCCCCGCUGCUCGCGCUGCAGCCCUCAUAUUAUUACCCGUACACGUACUGCCUGCCCGCGUGGAGCCUGAACUCCUGUACUGGAAACCAGUGACUGUCGAGCACGCGCUCAUAUUUAUUCUGUGAACAUUUGAUGACUUUUACGGAAAACACAGAGCACACAGGAGAUUUAUUUACAGAAAAACCUCGAUCCUCCAGGGACUGUUGUCAGUUUUAACAAACACUUUUAGGAUUUAUUUCAUGUUGUAUGGAAAGUGUGUCAUUUCUCCUCGAAUAUUUUUUUUAACAAAAUAUUCUCUCUUCUGGUUGGAAAACAGCACUUGAUGUCGUUAAGACGAGUUUUUGCUACAGUUUUAAGGUAACGCAAGACUGGCACUUUCCCCCCAUUUUGCAAGAUUCAGCGCAGCUUUAAAUCUGUGGAAAAUAAUGAUAUGAAGGUUUGUAAACUCCAUUAUACGCGAGCCGUGAAAUUCAA